AUGCCGUUGCAGGCGGUCGUCCUUGCGACGUCGCUCUUGCUCCUCGUGGCUGUCGUCGCGGUGUACGGUACAACGACCUUCGACGACGGCGACGACAUUCAGCUCAGCGACUUGGGCGGUGGAUCCACUGGCGUGACGUUCUCGGACGUCAAUCGCAUUGUAGUUGGCCAGCACGUUCAUUCACUUACAAUCAGUGCUGAGCAAUGGAUCACAUCCGUGACGUUGCGCGUAGAUACGCCGACGGAAGUCACGCUGUCGCAUGGUGGAUCGAGCGGGACGGACUCGACGCUGCAUCUUGUCGAGGAGGAGUACGUCGAGUCGAUGGAGGUCCAUUGGACCCCACACGGCUUUAGCGCGACUAUUGUCUACCUCAACUUCAGCACGAACCAAGGUCGUACGAUUGCUGCAGGGAAGAAGGCAGGUGCUAGCUUGACGAUUCGUGCUCCGAAAGGUUUCCAGCUCAGCGGAUUCUUUGGCCGCGCAGCAAGCCAAGUGACUCAAUUGGGUGCGAUCUGGACGCGACGAAAUGCGACCAGCAAAGCGCUGACCGAUUUAGUGGAAUCGGAUUGGUAUGGCAGUGGCAUUCGGAACUGGGUUGGUCCUACCAUAAGUGACGCUACGGACUCGGCGUGCUAUCGAAAGAGGGUGGAAUACGGCAGUGAAGAGUCGUGUCCUGUAGGGUACAGCGCGGAUAGAAAGAGCUGUUUAGCACAGUGUCCGAUAUCGUAUCCCGUGGCAUGCUACGAGGAAUGCAUCCCACAGAAUGACAACUGCGCAGAGGAACUGCUCAGCAAGUCUGUAUCGGUGAUCGCCACAGUGUUCAACACAGUGACAGCAGGAAUCUUUGGCAGGAUCUUCCCGUCGUACACGAAAACAAAGACGACGUUUCUGUGCGCCGCCAACAUCAUCGGUUUGGUGAAGUCGCUUGCCUACUAUCUUCGUUUUCGUCGAACGACAGCAGUACAACAGACAAUGGAAGAGUUACUCGCAUUGGCAUACCAGUCCAACGUUGUGCUCUACUCGAUGCCAAUCGCUGUUGCCAAUUGCCUGGGACGGGAAGUUACGACAAAGGCAAAAGUGUUCAAUUGCGUCCACACUGUCGUCGCCAAUGUCGUGAAACAGGCUAUCACCAAUGGCGACCGAAUCCUCUCGUCUGGCCACGACGUCAUGAAUUUUCUCAUGGAUACAGGCACGAUUAAUUCAACAGAGGGGUUACACGUCGGAGAGCUUCAGGACCUUCUCGACAUGAACUCUACUUGUGGAGACCAACUCAGAAAUCUUACUGACUACAUCAUUGCUUCGGUCCAUGGGAUUCGCAACAAGGCGCCUGCCGCCGCAGUCGACGACAUUCGUGUCAAAAUCAGUGAGUCACCUCUUGUGCUGAAGGACAUUCCCAUUGUUACGAAUAAUUGCAUGCGCGAGGUGAUGGCGAGCACAACUAGAAAAGCUGCAUUUGGUACUCGUGACUUGAUCCGAAAGACACUUGGAGUGAUUGUUGAUCAGCUGGUCGAAACGGACCAAACCGACAUGGGUGCGUCGGUCGCUGAAGGCGACUUUACUUUGGAGGCAGCGAACUUGGUGCUCGUUAUACUUGGCAGCAUUGAUUCGACACGUAUCUUGUGGAUGCUGUCACAAUUUGUACAACCGACUUGUGGCCCUACGGCUUUCAUAGGCGAAAUUGACGACGGCACGCUGCACGAUGCUCUUGGACUGGAGACUUUGGGCGGAGCGUUCGAAGGCAGCUAUGGUACGUGGACGAAGAAAGGUGACGGCAUGGUGAACCUUGCAUUCGAGAGUGUCGGCACGGAAGACGUGACGGUCAUCAUUCACUCAGGCGGUGAAGAAUAUGAUGAAGUGGCAGUGCCUGUUGGUGGUACGGUCAAGUGGACACAAUACGUCUCGAAGCUGCAAGACCAAGCCUUGUAUCUCGAUUGUCGGCGGCAGAACAUGCUCGGUAUGUUAUCAAACACAGGUAGCUCACUGGUAUUGUGGGUCCCGCGGUCAUCUCAUGGUGGCGCACUUACCAUGCAUGUUCGAGUAAAUGAGAGCUAA